AAUUCGUUCUUGCGUUGUUAAUUUGUUACUUUUCAGUCCUUUGAAUACUGUCAUCUAUCAUGUUUUAAACCACUUAAAUUUCUUCCGUUUCUCUUAACCUAAACCGUUAAAAUUUCGUUUGUGACAGGAUAAAUAACUACAAUGAAUAUAAAUUUUUUCAAGACAUACCACAUGUUUUUCAUAAAUAGUAUGUCCCAUCCACAUCUCUGAUGCUUACAGUUUGAGAGAAACAGAAAAAUAUGGUUAGUUACUGAUACCUGUUCUCAUCUAAAAGUUAUCAUAAUUAUUCUACACUGUAUACCAUUUUAAAAGCAAACUGGGUUAAAAAACGACGUUUGGCUUGUGAGCCUCGUAUAGCAGUGAAACAUCCUUUAAUCAAAAUAACAAAAGAUAUGUUUUGUUGGGGUAGUUCUAUACAUGGGGAACUAGGUUUGGGUGGUAUAGAAGAUGAAAACAUUUUAAUUCCUCGUGAGGUGGAUUUUAAAAAAGCCACAGAUGUUCAACAUAUUGCAUGUGGUGAAAAUUACACAAUAGUCAUUACUCAUGAUGGCCAAAUAUACUCAUGUGGAAACAAUGAUUAUGGACAGCUUGGACACGCAAAGGGAAGAAAAAGAUUACAAUUGGUACCUGAUUUAGAUGCAUUUGUAUUUAAAAAGGCAGCUUGUGGGGCAUAUCAUACAUUAGCAGUAAAUGAGUGGGGCCAGUUGUUUAGUUGGGGAUCUAAUGGAGAGGGACAGCUAGGUUUAAAUAAUAAAAAUAUUAUUGAAUAUGUACCACGUAUGGUAAAAACACUUGGUACAAGUGUAAUUGUACAAAUAGCUUGUGGCAUGAAACAUACACUUGCAUUAACAAAUGAUGGUAAAUUAUAUAGUUGGGGUUCUAAUAGUGCAGGACAACUUGGUUUAGGUUCUGACACUGAAAAUGAAAUAAAACCUACGCUUGUUAACAGUUUAGUUGCUGUCCCUGUUGCUUUUAUUGCCUGUGGGGGUUUUCACAGCAUAGCUAUUUCAAAAUCAGGUGCUAUAUUUGGUUGGGGCAAAAAUACAUUUGGCCAGUUAGGGCUAAAUGAUACACAGAAUAGAAAUACUCCAUGUCAGUUGCAAACUCUACAAAAUGCAAAGGUGUGUUAUGCAGCAUGUGGUGAAGAAUUUUCUGUCUUUCUAACAUUGGAUGGUGGAGUAUUCACUUGUGGUGCAGGAAUGUAUGGCCAGUUAGGACAUGGUAAUAAUUCAAAUGAAAUUUUACCUCGUCAAGUUAUGGAGCUAAUGGGUAGUACAGUUACACAGAUUUCAUGUGGUAAAAGACACACAUUAGCAUUAGUGCCAUCACGUGGUAAAGUUUAUGCAUGGGGCCUAGGUGGGGCAGGACAGUUAGGUAAUCAAGUUACAUGCAGCGUAGCCACUCCGCAAGUGGUACGCGGACCAUGGGUUGCACCCAAUGGCACUUCGAUGAUGGAUCUUGAUAAGGAGUUUGAUCCCUCUAGAACUGACUAUAUAGUUAGACAUAUUUUUACUGGCGGAGAUCAUUGUUUUGCAACUGUAGUUCCGCGAAAGGAUAAUAUAGAACCAGAUGACUGUAGAAUAUUAGAAUCGGUUUAUCAAAUUCUUGAAAUAAAUGAAGAACAAUUGAUGGCAUGUCAAAGAGUUCCACAAAGCUCACCUAUUGAUCAUGACCUUAUGACGUAUUUACAGACUGUAUUUGAAAGCGAAGCUUGUAUAAACGGUUCAUUUUUACUAAAUAAUGAUAAUCACUAUGGAUGUUCGAGUAAACAACAUGGACUGGAUCUUGAGCGAGCUAGUAGAUCAUUCGGAAUUAUUAGAGAAUUGGAUAACAACACAAUUCAAGAACUGAUAUUUACUUGCAUAUCAGAGAGUUUGAUUCCUUCUUUUGUUAGUUCCCUUGUUAAUACAACACCUAGAAUACAUUGUCUGGAGUCUUUAAGAAUAUACUUAAUAUUACCUUUGUACCACGGUUUUGCAAAUCCCCUUAAUUGCAAUUUAUUACAUAAUCCAUUUUGCAAAGCUGUUUUACUAUUACAACCAGAUGAUCUUGAAAUUGUAUCUAAAUGGUGGAUCGAAGCACCAUCACAUUACUUUGAGAGAUUAGUCAGAAUUCAUAAAUCAGUUGUUCUUCAUUAUGUAAAACAAGCGAAACCAAAUAAGGGUGUAUCAUGGGAUAUGACGCUUCAACGUGUUUUGCAUCAAUUACGCUUACUAAAUAUAUUGAACAAUCAAGGCAACAAAAGAAACAUAGUGCCUUAUGCUACGUUUCACUUACCAGAAUUAAUCGAGUUUAUAGACAUUAGAGAAGAUUACAUAAAAUGGAUUUCAGAAAAGGAAUCUUCUUACCAGAACGUAUUCUGCCAUUAUCCUUUCCUUCUCGACGCUCAAGCAAAAACCAUAUUGCUUGAAACAGAUCAAGCUAUUCAGAUGCAAUCGGCAAUGAACGAAGCCGCAACUCGAGCUGUAACGCAUCAAAUGUUUUUUGAUCCAUUCUCUGUAAAUGCGCAUCACAAUAUUCAAUUUCUACUAUUAAACGUAUCACGCGAAAAUAUAGUUGCAGACACUUUAUUAGAAUUGUCUCGUUACAGUUCUACCGACCUAAAGAAACCUCUACGAGUAAAGUUUCACGGCGAGGAAGCAGAAGAUGCAGGCGGAGUUAAGAAAGAAUUUUUUAUGCUUUUAUUAAAAGAAAUUCUUGAUCCCAAGUAUGGUAUGUUUAAACAAUAUGAAGAGACCAGAAUUAUUUGGUUCAGCGAAGACUCGCUCGAAGAUGAAAACAUGUAUUUUUUAAUCGGAAUACUUUGUGGACUUGUCAUAUACAAUUUUAUUAUUAUUGAUUUACCAUUUCCAUUAGCUUUAUAUAAAAAAUUGUUACAUGAACCAGUUGGACUCAUCGACAUUAAAGAAAUGUCACCAGUACUCGCUAAGAGUAUGCAAAGUAUACUCGACUAUGAUGAACCAGACUUCGAGGAAGUUUUCUGUUUAAAUUUUGAAGUUGCUAGAGAAGCCUUUGGCGAAAAAAGAAUAUACGAACUUUUACCAGGAGGUAGUAAAGUUCCUGUUACGUUGAAGAAUAAAAAACAAUUUGUUGACUUGUACGUAGACUAUAUAUUGAACAAAUCUGUUGAACGUCACUUUCAAGAAUUUCACAAAGGUUUUCAUAGAGUUUGUGGUGGACGGGUACUGGAAUUAUUUCACAGCCAUGAACUAAUGGCUGUAGUAGUAGGAAAUGAAGAUUAUGAUUGGGAGGAGUUGGAAAAAAAUGCAAUGUACAAGGAAGGAUAUUCGAAAAAUGAUCCUACUAUUAUACUAUUUUGGCAAGUAUUUCGUGAACUGCCUUUGGAAGAAAAGAAAAAGUUUUUAUUAUUUUUAACUGGAAGCGAUAGAAUACCUAUACAAGGCAUGAAGGCAAUCAAGAUUACAAUACAACCAACGAAUGACGAACGUAUGUUGCCCGUUGCUCAUACAUGUUUCAAUUUGCUCGAUCUCCCACGGUAUCAAACUCGAGAAAGAUUACGAUACAAGUUACAACAAGCUAUUCAACAAACGCAUGGUUUUUCGUUAGUCUAAAAUUUUGUUACUAUCCUAUCUUUACAACACAUGCAUAUUAUAAUGUUGAAACUUAAUUUGAAUUAAAUUAACUUAUACCGCUAGAUAGUAA